GUUAUGCCUACGCUCGUGUUCGUUCGCGCAAUUAAGCAAAUGUCAGCUGACGCCAUGUUUUAGCAGCAACGAUGUCCCCGAGGAAUAACCACGAUCCGACGUCCUCCGGCGAGUCGGGCAACACAAAUGUGCAGGAGGCCGAUCUGCAAGAGAUGGAGGAUGUCAACCAAAGUCUAGACGCUCUAAGCUGUGCCUUGGAUGUUGUGGAGCAGCGCACCGACGACAUUUUGUCACAGCUACGCGAGCUUUUGGACUCCAAUCGCGAAAUACGACGUCAGCUGGCUCAGGAUAAAGACAAUGCUUCCUCAGAAGAGGAAAACGACGACGGCGAUGACAUGGUGGAACAGCCGGAUACUAAGAAUGUACCCAGCGCAAAUGCAAACUAAAAUGCACAGUUUGCACGUUUUUUUUUCUUUUUGCUAUGAAUAGCAAUUCGUUUCUUUACACAUUUAUUGUUUCUAAAAAAAAAAACACA